GCCCCACUCACCGUACCCUAUAAAUGCUCCUGAUUAAAUGAUUCGAUUCCUCCCCAUAUCUUUUUUCUCUAUCUAUCUCUACAUACAUACAUACAUCCAUCCAUCCGACUCUCUCUCACACCCUAUCCCCGAUUCCCUACUACUUGACCGUAAAAAUGUGUAUGAAGGCCACUUGCUCUACCUGCCGUAUGCUCUCUCCCAUCUACUACUGUUUCAGACAAGAUGAGACCAUACUGACAGCCCUAGACAAAACCUCGUGGUGGGGUUGCGGGGCACAUAUCCCAUCCGUUAUGGACGCCGUGCCGGAGAGUGAGCGCUGCACUUGUGCGCCUAAGGUGGAGCGGGAUGGGAAGGAGUAUCCGCCCAAGGCUGAACGGUGACUAGCCGGUUGUAUUGUUUUGUGAUGGAGUUUGGGAGUGGGUGGGAUGGGAGUCUUCACUAUGGUACGGUUGGGCCGGGGGGCGGAAGGGGGUUAGUUUA